UUAGCCACAAUGCCUUGGAGAAAGAGAGCUCGGGACACCAAUGAACAGGACAACAAUGGAGAAUCUACGGGGAAUCCGACCGGAGAGGCUUCAGGGUAUGAGAAUUUCAGGAACCAGAGGAUCAAAGAGAACAUGGAGAGAAUGCAGAAACUGGGGAUUCCCGACCUCUCUCAGAAGCUCAAAUCCAAAACUGCCCCUCCCAAGCCUACUCCAAAAAACCCUACUCAAAGAAAAACCCAGAACCCAUUGCCCCUUCCCGACUCCCCAAGGCGCUCUUCAAGGUUGAAGAGUUUGACUCCUGUUAGCUAUUCGGAAAUCCGUGAUAAAAAGAAGAGGAACUCCUCGGAGAAUAAUGAGAUUCACAUACGGGAAGGUUCUGAGCCAGAAAUUUACUCAGAAGAACAUGAUAAGCUUCUGGGAGAUUGUAAGGAAAAUUGGACAUUGUUUGUGGAUGGAUAUGGCGAGGAUGGGAAGCGCAUAUAUGAUCCGGUCAAGGGAAAAACAUGCCAUCAAUGCAGACAGAAAACGCUUGGUCAGCAUACCCAUUGCAUCAAAUGCAACUUGGUCCAAGGGCAGUUUUGUGGGGAUUGCUUAUACAUGAGAUAUGGAGAGAAUGUGAUAGAAGCCAAUCAAAAUCCCAAUUGGAUUUGCCCUGUUUGUCGAGGAAUUUGCAACUGCAGUCUUUGCCGUCAGGGAAAAGGGUGGAUGCCCACUGGUUCCCUCUACAGGAAGGUUUUAAGACUGGGCUUCAAGUCUGUGGCACACUAUCUCAUUCAGAGCCGUCGCUCUCAAACCAACUUGGAAGACUCAGGUAAUGAAACAUUGGCUUCUCCAGAGGGAUCGCAGCUUUCUGAACUUCUUGACACAGACAAGAGCCCUGAUGGAGGACUCUCAAAGCCUCAACCUGAAGAUUAUAUAUUUGACAAUUGUGACAAAGAUGAUGGUGUUGAUGAAAAUGAUGAGUUGAAGAAAAAGCAAGAGGGCAUCUCUGAUUGACUCGAGGUUUACAUGAAGCCUAAACUUUCCACCAAACUGCUUUUGAAUCCAUUGCUUGAAGAUUGAGAAACUGGUGCAGUUUGAGACAAAUGUACCCUCCUUUUGAUAAAAUUUUGUGCAGUUGUAUACAUAGCACAAGAAAUAUAUAAAAUUUUGUUAAGUGCUGAUUUUGCCAAGGAAUGAUUCCCUUAAAUGGGUCUUCUCCUCUGCAUCCUUGGCAGUAUCGGUGAGUUUUUGUUGUGGGGAAGUUGCAUUACAUUUUAUUUUCUAGUGCCAAAAACAUUUUACCAUGUUAUCAGAUGUCUUCGACAUUAAUAUCCAUCUCAAUUAA